AUGGACUGUCAGAAGCCCGCCCCGGACGGCCUCUUCUGGCUCAUGCACUCCUUCAUCGUCCCCUCUCUCCCCCUAUAUUUGGUCGCUAUUGUAGCAUUGUUUCGCAUAAAUUCGACGUACUUUGAGACCUACAAAAACUUCUUGAUUUGGCACACUUUUAUGUGAGUUCUGGUUUCUGAAUUUGUUUUAGAAACUUCCAAUAUUCCAGGAAUCUUCUCUCUGAAAUCUACAAUUCGUGGUUCCUUCUGCCAGUCGUCCAUCAUCCCCAUCCACUUUUGCGAAUGACCGGAAUCAUGACGCAGCUUGGUUUCAAUGGACUUUUUCAGUUCUACAUCAUCAAUGCUCUGAUUUAUCGUGAGUUUAUAAUUGGAGCGCACUUGCAUCCCCGUCAAUUCCAGAAACCGCCUACUCAAUUAUUGAGAUGUUCAUGUUCCGCUUCCGGGCCAGCAUAAUCUCCUACAAAACGCGCCUCUUCUACAAGUACCUUCGAGCCGAACUCAUAUUUUUCCGUCUCACAAUGCUCUGGUUCGUUGUCAUGUCAUUCUCAACGUACUCCUACGCAAUCGAGAAACAAGAAGAGUACCGUCAACAACUGAUCCGUUCGUCGCCCGAUUCGCCGCCCGAACUUCUCUGUUUUUCGGUCGUCGUCGCCGCUCCGUUCUCCGAUCCGGUCAACAUGAGCAAUAUAAUUAUCUGGGUCACUGUCAUUGUGGUCACCGUCUCGUUGACGUGCACCACAACGCUCUACAUGGACAGACAUUUACGCAACAACGAACAUCACUCUCCGGCGACAGUGAGAAUGCAAAAGAUGUUGCUGAUCAGCUUGUUUGUGCAGGUUUGCAUACUUUUGCAAAGUCUCUAAUUAACCGACACACUUCAGACUGUGAUUCAUUUAGUCAUGCUCGGCGUGCCCAACAUUCUCUUCGUCUACGCGGCAUUCCGUGGUGUUCGUGUCGAACGUACUUGAGCCGAUUGACCCCUGACUAAUUCAAUAUCCACAGGUUUUCAGUUAUCGCUCACAUUGCAUUCGUCUGUCUUACGCUUCACGGAUUCUUCUCUACAAUUGCAAUGAUUUAUUUCACGAAGCCGAUCAAACAUUCCAUGUUUCAAAUGUUCCGUUUUCCCAGCCUGCCUAAAUCUGUAAAUGUGAACGUGACUCGGUACUCACAAAAUAAAAUGUGAUGAUUCUCAAACAUACGAUAUUAAAACGUCAGCAGACCACUGAACUUGUAGCACUUACCUAAUUCGACGUAUUCGAUUACACUCUCCGACCACAACACCAAUCACACCUUAAUCUGCCCGCUCGUUCACACCUCCGUCGGAAUCAGCUGUUUCCUUCUGAGAUUUCCGAAUAGCACGCUCUCCUUCAAAACGAUGUACCUCAGUUAUUUGUAGAGAUGCAAAAAAGUGUCCAACUGAAAAAGAGUACAAAAUACUUUAGUGAACGAUUUGUUAGUUGAAAACGUUUUGAUAUCUUUAUCGACAGCUGAGAUAUAUCGUCUUGAAUGAACGGUAUUGAGGUACCCUUCCAAUCACCAGUUCUUUCCAUCAGUCCAGUUCGCUUUUCAGCUACUGUUUCAGACGUUUCAGGCGUAGGCCCCUGAUCUUUAAAUUUGUGAAAAUGGUCGGACUGAACUGAAACUGAAACUUGACAAACACAUUAUGAUGUCAAACAGAGUAAGCAAAAGUUAUGCACAAAAAGUUUGUGUUGUCAUUCUUUACGCCCAAAAAGUUUUGUAUUCGAACAUUUCGGGUCAUAUGGAUGGUCCACGUGACAUGGAUUCUUACAUUUUUCAUUUCCGCAGUUGUUUUUCUGCAACUUUUCCGCUGGGUUCAAAGUAUGAACUCGUCACCAAUAAAACCAAUUUGCUCGGAAUCAAAUUACCCAUAUUUCAAGAAUCUCAUAAUCCAUUCAAACGUACUAUGGUCAAUGAGCUCUCAGCUGUCUCUUUCACAAUAUGCAUAAAGACUUUCAGACAUCAUGAAUGUGUUGAGCACAGAAGUGACGGCGACAGUGCUCCCUUCCGAGCAAGAUUGUCUCGCUGCCGCCCCUGACCCGUACAAGUACGUCUUUUUUGCCGUUCUUUGAAAAAAGUGUUUUCCUUCAGAUCCGCGAUGCAAUUUACCCAUUUCCUGACGAUUCCCCUCUACUUUAUGGCAAUAUACACGUUGAUUAACAAGUGCCCGAAAGCUUUGAAAGAGUACAGAAACUAUCUGCUCUGGCAUACAAUAGGGUACGGAGUAGUUGAAGUGAACGUCGACAGUUGUCCCUUACAGUAAUCUCGUCUUCGAAAUCUUCAUUUCCAUCUUCAUGCUCCCUGUCACUUAUCUGCCCUAUCCAGUGUUCCGCGGCUCUGGACUGCUCAAGUUUCUCAACGUGAGCGGGCUCAUUCAGUUCUAUCUUCUGGUUAUUUGCAUGAUCCGUAAGUGGCACUCAACAUUUUCCAGUAACAAUCGGUUCUUCCAGACACCGGGCUCUCAAUCCUGGAAAUGUUCAAGUAUCGGUUCGAUGCCGCGAUUAGCGAUGAGACCCUAAACAAGAAAGUUCUUCAUAAAAUCGUCGCUUUCUUCUGGAUCAUCGUCAUCAUAAUCCCAAUAUUUUGCUUUGCCACACUGCCAAGAUGCCAUCCGAAACAAGAGCAUUAUAAGCAGGAGUUGUACGAUGUACGUGUUCAAAGUUGUACUUUGAUCUUUCAUAAAUGUUUGCAGUCGAACCCUGGCGUCUCGAUCCAAGUGCUCUGCAACACGGCAGUCACAGCUCCUCCUCUUCUGGAUCCAGUCUUCUCACCCCUCAUGUCCCUGAUCAUUACCGCAAUGCUCACAGCAUGUAUUAUCAUUCCACAGACAUUUUUGACCAUUUGGAAGAAACUCGAUCAGCUGGCAAAGCAUUUGUCGAAACGGACGGUCCGACUACAGAAGAUGCUGCUCAUCAGCCUUUUUAUCCAGGCCGUCAUUCACGGAGUCAUGCUCGGAGCUCCCUUGAUCGGAUUCAUUUAUGCGAUUGUUUUUGUUCUGCCUCAUGAUAGUAAGUUUGUCAGAAUGUCUCGAUCGUGUUAUUAUCGUUCUUUGAGAUGUCGCCUACGUACUCCUCAUGCUCGUCUCCUUCCACGGCUCCGUCUCCACAAUAGCAAUGGUCGGCUUCACGAAACCGAUUCGCACUGGAGUCGUCUCCAUUCUGCAAACUUUUUUCCCAUUUCUGAGGCGAGAAAAGCCGCCGAUAGUCAUCGCAGUCACCGAAACAACAUCAGCUUCUGGCCAUCACAAAGACAGUAUAACGAUGUCUAGAAAGAUAUUUUAUCAAUAA